GCGGGAGGCGGAAGUUCCGCGGACCGUCGCCUCCGUCCCGGCUGCGGCCCCUGCCGGUUACAUAACUCGUUGCGGGCUCCGCACGGCCCCACUUCCGGCUCCUUGCGACCCCAGGAUGCGCUGAGUGCGACUACGCCGUCCGCUGCCGCCGGCUCCCGUCCGAGUGUCUAUUUUCUUCUGCUCAUGAGUCUUCAUCUGCUGGAUGAGGGAGGAGAAGUGACCCACCCAGCAAGAGCCACUUCUCCUACAAACCCAGCAGGUCAUUGGCUCCCGCCCUGGCUGCUCUGAAGGGGGCCGAGGCCUGGGGCUGCUGAGCCACAUCUGCCAUUGACAGCCACUGAGCCACGUUGGGAGAAGCCAGGUGUGAAUGACAGAGGUGGUGCCGUCCAGCGCCCUCAGCGAGGUCAGCCUGCGCCUCCUCUGCCACGAUGACAUAGACACCGUGAAGCAUCUGUGUGGUGACUGGUUCCCCAUCGAGUACCCAGACUCAUGGUAUCGUGACAUCACCUCCAACAAGAAGUUCUUUUCCCUCGCUGCGACCUACAGGGGCGCCAUCGUGGGAAUGAUAGUAGCUGAAAUAAAAAGUAGGACCAAGAUCCACAAGGAGGAUGGAGAUAUUCUAGCCUCCAACUUCUCUGUUGACACACAAGUUGCAUACAUUCUAAGUCUGGGAGUAGUGAAGGAAUUCCGAAAGCACGGCAUCGGUUCCCUUUUACUUGAGACUUUAAAGGAUCACAUAUCCACCACCGCCCAGGACCACUGCAAAGCCAUCUACCUGCACGUCCUCACCACUAACAACACAGCAAUAAACUUUUACGAAAACAGAGACUUUAAGCAGCACCACUAUCUCCCCUACUACUACUCCAUCCGUGGGGUCCUCAAAGAUGGCUUCACCUACGUCCUCUACAUCAAUGGUGGCCACCCUCCUUGGACCAUCCUGGACUACAUCCAGCACUUGGGCUCUGCGCUAGCAAACCUGAGCCCCUGCUCCAUCCCGCACAGGAUCUACCGCCAGGCCCACAGCCUGCUCUGCAGCUUCCUGCCAUGGUCGAGCAUCUCCACCAAGGGCGGCAUCGAGUACAGCCGGACCAUGUGAGGCCAGCCAGGCAGCCUCCAGCAGGUCCCACCCCUCGGCGCCCUGCAGAGCCCGCCUUCCUGGCCAUCUGACCUCAGCUGUCCUCUGCAGAGGAGCUGGUCUGUUGGCCUGCCUCAGCUGCAGGCCCGGUGCUACGCGGGCUCAGAAGCAGAGUGUCGUGGGGCGGGCGCGCCUGGUCUCCGACAGGCUCUUCCAGCCCUUCUUCCUGCUCUGGAAACCUCUGCUCCAUACCCUGGUCUGGCCCCCAUGUAAGUGCACCAGCCCCGCAGGCCGGCUGGGGUGUGGCAGCGUUCACUGUGGUCUGUUUCUUCUGCUGCCCCAGGAGUAGGGAAAGGAAGAGGCCUCCUUCCCUGCACCUCCUCACUGGCCUCUUCUCCUCCACCGCCUGUUCCUUUCAGCUCCUUCCUGCAAGUGUUAUGGACAUACUUGACCCUAAAGACACAGGAGCCUCAAAGCUAUAAGGGGGUGAAAUAAAGGGGAUGCCAGACCCUCUUCCAGACCAGCCUGCAAAAGCCUGGGGGGCAGGGACCAGCCUCCACCUCCUCACGAAGGGAAGGCUUUUCACUGAAGCACAGAGCUCUGGGGCUUAGCUGCCUGACAUGGGCAGUCAGAUGAUGGGAAGGUUUCCCACUCCUCUGUUGGCUGUCCCACUGUCCCCAAAAGCGUGGAACUGCCCACCAGAUAGUGGAUGAGCCAUUCAGCUGAAUCGCUGCAGGGAGCCAGGCUGAGGACAAGUGCCAGUGUGGGUCCUGGGGGUCCUCUCCCCAGCCCCCCAGUCCCAUGAACUGCAGCUCCACGGUUUGGCCAGCUGCAGACAGAAGGAAGCUGAGUGUUGUUGAUCAAGUGGGACCUGGCCUUUGGGGCUGGGGGCAGUCACGUGCCUUGUGGUCCCUCAGCCUCUGGGAGCAGAGACAGGAGAGGCUAUGUCAGUGCCGAGAAGCAUGCGUGUGGACAUUACUUGCUUCUGGCAUCCCCUCCACCCCCAUCCCCCAAAGCUGCUUGCCGCCUGCCCUGCCCUCCAGAGGAGAGGGGGUUGGCGGAGUCACGUGCAGUGUUGCUGCUGUGUCACAUAGCCAGAGGGAGGAAAAGGGGGAACAACUGGGCAGGGGGGCCUCAGGGACUGGUGCUUCCCUCCCUCAGAACUCCCAGCCUGGGGGCUCCUCUGGCCUUAUGAUGGGGGAAGAGAGGUUCUCUAGAUGAAGGUGAGCCCGGGCAGGAAAAGCAUUCCUCCUCCCUUGGCCGCCUCACGCUCUCACUGACUGGUCCCCACUGUGCUGAUGGCUUCGAGCUGAGGCUUAGCUCACUGUCCUCUAAUCUGAAUCAGCGAUGAUCAUGUAGUUUUUAUUUCUGCCCUGAGGGGUAAGGGAAGACUCUUCCAGAAAGUGCUGCCACGGACAUUCAUAAUUGAGCUGAGGAUUUGCCCUGUCACUCCCUGCCCUAAUCACUGUCCAGCCCAAUGUUGAAUGGAUUGUAGUGUUUUGUCUCAUUACAAACAAAUAAAUAGACUUUCAUUGUCA